UUCGUAUUUCAAUCACAAAAGUUGAAGAAAAAUCACGAAAUUUUUUUCAAAAUCUUAUCAUCAGUGACUCAUUUGUGUGCAUCAGGCUUUAUUAAUCAAAAACGAAAACCAAAAUAAAAACAAUUCAUGUACAAAAAAAAAACAUCAAAAAUUUGUGAUCCCCUUAAUCGUGCGAUUUAAGUGCUUCCUCGUAACAAUCAAAACCAAUUGAUUUUCUGACGGUCACUGAUAUAAUUACCACUGUUGCUUGAUACUAUCAUUAGUCAUUUCAUUUAAGUGAAAUUGAGUUUCAAAAUAAGGGGUUUGAAGCUGUAAAACCACAACCGAAUAUAAAAGAAAAAUGUCUCAUCAAACGGGAAUAAAAGCUAACGAUGAACUAUUGAGAGCAUUUAGUAAGUCUAAAGAAGGCAAUACACGUGUUGUUAAGGCUUCUAUUGAAAAAGAGCAAUUGACGCUGGCUGCGGAGGUCGAAGUGAACGAAGACUGGGAAAAAGACUAUAAAAAUUUGGUAGAGCCGUUAAUCGAAGAAAAUACACCAUGUUAUAUUUUCUUUCGUUUGGACACCAAAUCGUCCAUUGGAUAUGAGUGGCUGUUGAUGAGCUAUACACCUGACACGGCAACGAUUCGUCAGAAAAUGUUGUACGCCUCAACCAAAGCGACAAUGAAAAAAGAAUUUGGCUCUCCGCAUAUCAAAGAGGAAUACCAUGCAACAUCGCAGCGUGAAACAACAUUGUUCAGUUAUAAAAAGCACAAAAAAGCAAUGAGCGCUCCAGCACCAUUAACUCAACGCGAAGAAGAAAUGCUCGAAAUUCGUCGAAAUGAGGUACAAACUGAAGUGAGCACUGAAACGCGCCAAAAGACCUUAGGCGGCAUUUCGUGUGCAUUAAGUGAAGCCGCAACUGCUGCAAUUAAAGAUACUGUUCGCGGUUCCUACAAUUAUCUACAAUUUAAAAUCGAUCUUAAGGAAGAAAAGAUCCACCUAGUCAAAGCCAACAAUGUGGAGAUUGAAAAAUUACCAAAAGAGGUUCCCGAUGACGAAGCACGCUAUCACAUCUAUUUGUUUAAGCAUACUCACGAGGGGGACUUUUUGGAAAGUUACAUUUUUAUCUACUCGAUGCCAGGCUACAAGUGUCCAAUUAAAGAACGCAUGAUGUACUCAUCAUGCAAAGCGCUAUUUGUUGAAAAAAUUCAAGAGCUCGGCCUACAGAUUGAUAAAAAGCUGGAAAUUGAUUCUGGCUCCGAAUUGAACGAGGAGUAUUUCCAAGAUGAAUUGCAUCCGAAAACACUAUUACAUCGACCACAAUUUGCAAAGCCACAAGGGCCUAUGAAAAAUCGUGGGGCCAAAAGACUGACCCGACCAUCUCAGGCUGAUGAAGCUAAAUUAAACUGCCUAAAUUAAAACCAACGAUAUUCAGCAUAAUCAGCAAGCGUUUUAAUCGUCGUAAUAAAAUUACACUAAAAAACCCACUCAGUUUUGAGUUACACGUAUCGCGCAUACAAAGCAAUUUUCUAAUUUAAAACAUGUUUUUUUUUAUUUAUGCUUUGAAUUUUAUUAUUAUUUGUAGAGAUAACUUCAUAUUU